CCAGCCAAGGCAUCGCUGUCUCCCCAGUGACUGCACUGCCCCUACUACUCUCCCUUUGCAGCCGCAAGCAUGGACAUUACCAUCCAGCACCCCUGGUUCAAGCGUGCUCUGGGACCCCUCAUUCCAAGCCGUUUGUUUGACCAGUUUUUUGGAGAGGGUCUCCUCGAGUACGAUCUCCUGCCUUUGUUCUCUUCCACUAUCAGCCCUUACUACAGGCAGUCCCUCUUCCGCAGCGUGCUGGAGUCGGGCAUUUCAGAGGUGAGGUCCGACCGGGACAAGUUUACAAUUAUGUUGGAUGUAAAACACUUCUCUCCUGAAGAUCUGAGUGUGAAGAUUAUUGAUGACUUCGUGGAAAUUCAUGGCAAGCACAGUGAAAGACAGGAUGACCAUGGCUACAUCUCCCGUGAAUUUCACCGCCGGUACCGCCUGCCCGCCAACGUGGACCAGGCUGCCAUCACCUGCUCCCUGUCCAAUGAUGGCAUGCUGACCUUCUCGGGCCCCAAGGUUCCCUCCAACAUGGAUGCCAGCCACACCGAGAGGCCCAUUCCCGUGUCCCGGGAGGAGAAGCCCACCUCUGCGCCUUCCUCCUAAGCCUGCUGCUGCUGCGGUGUGCAGGCUGCCACUGUCUGCAGGUCUCACUCCCAGAGCCAUUGUGUAGAUACCAGUGAAUAUCCAGAGGGAUUUAUUUUGUUGUUUUCCCCCUCA